UGUUUUUUUUUUUUUUAACAAUAACUUUUUUGCGAACUCAUGUCCGUCUCCGAUCGUCCACAACUGCUUAACCUAACUACCGCCGCCCUCCACGGCGCCGCCCUGUCGUCCCUUUCUUUACCACCACAGCCGCCGCCGGCAGGGUCGGUUGUGCCUACCCCCGCGUUAAUUCCUCACUCCAAGGUCAUUCCUAAAACACGCUUCGUCGUCGACGGUUUCAAGCAUGCCGACUCCGGUUUCUCCGUUUCUUACUUCCUUUCUCACUUCCAUUCCGAUCAUUACACUGGACUGUCGCCGCAAUGGUCCAAGGGCAUCGUUUACUGUUCCUCUACCACGGCUGAACUUCUCCACCAAAUUCUGAAAGUUCCUCGGCCUUUUAUUUUUCCGUUACCUCUAUCACAACCUGUAUUGAUAGAUGGAUCGGAGGUCUGGCUUAUUGAUGCGAAUCACUGCCCCGGUGCGGUUCAAUUCUUGUUCAAGGUACCUGCAAGUUGCGUGAGCGGUGGAGGUGAUGAUGGCGUCGUUAGGUUUGAGAAGUAUGUACAUACUGGCGAUUUUAGGUACUGUGAUGAAAUGAAGAAUGAGAGUGUGCUACGGGAUUUCGUUGGUAGUGAUGCUGUUUUCUUGGAUACGACUUAUUGUAAUCCUAAAUUUGUGUUCCCAACUCAGGAGGAGUCGAUUGAUUACAUCGCUGGGGUGAUUGAAAAAUUUGGAAUUGGAAGUGAGAGUUCGAUUGCCAAGAAUGUGUUGUUUCUAGUGGCAACUUAUGUAAUUGGUAAGGAGAAGAUUUUGUUGGAGAUUUCUCGGAGGUGUAAGAAGAAGAUUCAUGUUAGUUGCAGGAAGAUGGCAGUUUUACGUGCGUUGGGUUUGGGGGAUGAUGCAGUGUUUACAGAGAAUGAAUUGGAUAGUGAUGUCCAUGUAGUUGGCUGGAAUGUGUUGGGUGAGACUUGGCCAUAUUUUAGGCCUAAUUUUCAGAAAAUGAAAGAGAUUAUGAGUGAGAAAGGAUAUUCGAAGGUCGUCGGUUUCGUGCCAACUGGUUGGACAUAUGAAGUGAAGCGGAAUAAGUUUUCAGUAAGGACGAAGGAUUCGUUUGAAAUUCAUCUUGUCCCUUAUAGUGAACACUCAAACUAUGACGAGCUUAGAGAGUAUGUUAAGUUUUUGAAGCCGAAGCAAAUUGUUCCUACAGUUGGUGCGGAUGUCGAGAAGGUUGAUAGCAAACAUGCAGACAAGAUGCGGAAGCAUUUUGCUGGAUUAGUUGAUGAAACCGCCGUCAAGCAGGAGUUCUUGAUGGGUUUUAUGCGUGGUGGUUCCGGGGGAAUGGAUGUAGGGAAAGAUUGUCUUGCUGCGUCUGGUAAUAAUCCAGCUGCUUCGAAUUGUGACGAUGAUGUUGAACUGGAGACUGACCUAAAAUCUUCUCAGACUCAGGAUUCUGCUUUAGAAGGUACUAGGGAAAGUGAUUUGGAGAAAUCUGUUCAGGAACUUCGGGAAUGCUUGCCCAAUUGGGUUACUAUGAGCCAGAUGUUGGAUUUGUUGAAAGAUUCUGGUGGAAAUAUAGUGGAUGCCGUUUCGAAUUUCUUUGAGCGUGAAACAGAGUUGUAUGAAGAGGUUUUUUCAAGUGCAUCUGUUUCUUGUACUGCCGAACGGAGCUCAGAAGAUCAUCCUAGAUUGCCUUUCGAAUUGAAAAAUCAUACUGAGAAUGCCUCUUUUAGUCAAUCUUUUAAGUUAUCUGCUUCUGGGAAUAUUAAGAAGAAAGUUGCCUCUCCAGGGAAAAGAAAGAGAAAUCUUGAUAGCAAGGCAACAAAGAAAGUAAGAACAGAUUCAAGCCGGAAAUCUAAUGACACAAAGCAGUGCCCUAUAACCAAGUUCUUUAACAGAAAAAUACCUGCUGUCGAAAAAGUUAAUGAAGUCGAAGUUGAGUGUAACUCUUCUCAUGGUGAUCAAAGUAGGCCUGCUACUGUCGAUGCUAUGGGAUCAUACAAGGGGGUGGUGGAUCAGUUUAUUCAAAUUGUAAAUGGCGAUGAAUCAUUAAGAAGCUCUGCCAUCAUUAUUAUGGAGAAGGCCAAAGGGGACAUAAAUAUGGCUUUGGAUAUGUAUUAUAAUGACAGUACUGCUAAUGCAAAAGAAACUAAUGACAAUAUGCCGGACAAGAUUAAAUUGAAGGAUUCUGAAAGUAACAUAGAGCCCUGCUCUGUCACUGGAAAUGUUGAAUUAACUGAUUGCAGCAAUCUUGAAACCAAACCUGAUGUUAUUUCUUCUUCCUUGAUGAAGUACAAUCCUGUAAAUAAUGUCUCAUUGCCACCUGAAAGAUACUCUCCCAUCGAACAUGCUUGCUGGAAGAAAGGAGAGCUUGCCCCGUACAUUCAUAUUACACGCACUUUUGAGUUGGUUGAAGAAGAAAAGGGAAAGAUAAAAGCCACUUCAAUGCUAUGCAACAUGUUCAGGAGUUUGCUGGCUCUUUCACCAGAGGACGUACUGCCCACUGUCUAUUUAUGCACGAAUAAGAUUGCUCCUGAGCAUGAAAACAUGGAACUGAAUAUUGGUGGAAGCAUUGUUGUUGCAGCCCUGGAAGAGGCUUGUGGAACCAACAGAUCUAAGAUAACCAAUCUGUAUAAUACACUUGGUGAUCUUGGUAUAUCAUUUAUUUUAUUUUUUUAUUUCGUUUGGAUGUACUGCUAUCAUGCUGGUCAAAUAACAUAUACUGAACCAGGUGAUGUUGCCCAGCUUUUCCGGCAGAGCCAAUCUCUUCUUGCACCUCCAGCACCACUUACAAUCCAAGCUGUAUAUUCUUGUCUUCGGAAGAUAAGUGUACAAACAGGUAGUGGCAGUACAGUCAGGAAGAAAAGACUCAUUGUGAAUCUCUUAUGUUCAUGUAGAGAGAAGGAGAUGAAAUUUCUUGUCAGAACUUUGGUGAGGAACUUAAGAAUUGGAGCUAUGAUGAAAACUGUUCUUCCUGCUUUAGCUCAAGCUAUUGUGAUGAAUUCAACUGAUGAUAGAGUACCUGAAAACUUGAAGAAUCAUAUAGAGCGUCUAUCCAGUGUUGUAGUUGAAGCAUACAACAUACUUCCAGACCUGGAUUUAUUUAUUCCAGCUCUGAUGCAGAAAGGGAUUGAGUUUUCUUCAUCAACAUUAUCAAUGGCCCCUGGCAUACCAAUCAAGCCCAUGCUUGCUAAAAUUACUAAUGGAAUAGCUCAGGUGCUGAAGAGCUUCCAAGGCAAAUCAUUUACUUGUGAAUACAAAUAUGAUGGACAACGUGCCCAAAUUCAUGGUUUAGCAGAUGGUUCUAUUCACGUUUACUCGAGGAAUGGUGAUGAAACCACAUCAAAAUUCCCUGAUUUAAUUGAUAUAGUAAAGGAGCGCAGUCCACCGGAAACAGCGACUUUUAUUUUGGAUGCAGAGGUGGUUGCAAUUGAUAGAAAGAACAAUUUGAAGCUUAUGUCAUUUCAAGAGCUCUCUUCCAGGGAGAGAGGUAACAGAGAUUCUCUGAUUGCCACAGAUAAAAUAAAGGUUGACAUCUGUAUUUUUGUCUUCGACAUUAUGUUUGCAAAUGGAGAGCAGUUAUUGGAUUUACCUCUUUGUCAAAGAAGAAAACAUUUAAAACUCCUAUUCGGCGAAGAGAAACCAGGUUACUUCGAAUAUGCAAGAGAAAUGACUGUUGAACUGCAAGAUUCUGAUGUGAAUAAUGAAGCUACAUUAAACAGAAUGACCACCUUUCUCGAUGAUGCUCUCCGUUCUUCAUGUGAAGGCAUCAUGGUUAAGUCCCUUGACGUUGAUGCGAGAUAUACUCCAUCAAAGCGUUCAGAUUCCUGGCUUAAGGUCAAAAAAGAUUACGUCGAUGGACUAAAUGAUUCCCUCGACCUGGUGCCAAUCGGUGCUUGGCACGGCAAUGGAAGGAAAGCAGGAUGGUACAGUCCUUUCUUGAUGGCCUGCUAUAACCCCGACACCGAAGAAUUCCAGAGUGUCUGCCGCGUCAUGUCUGGCUUUUCCGAUGCAUUUUACACCGAGAUGAAGGAGUUCUUCUCCGGCGACAAAGUCCUCUCCAAGAAACCACCGUACUAUCGAACAGCUGAGGCUGCUGACAUGUGGUUUUCUCCCGAGCUUGUUUGGCAGAUCCGCGGCGCAGACUUCACAAUUUCGCCGGUUCACCAUGCUGCCAUCGGAUUAGUCCAUCCGUCGCGAGGUAUUUCAGUCAGGUUUCCGAGGUUUAUCCAAAGCGUAUCGGAUCGAAAGCCGGAGGAAUGCAGCACAGCUGAAGAUAUAGCCGAUAUGUUUGACUCCCAGACGAGAAAAAUGGACAUAAACAUCAAAAAGUAAGAACAGUAUUGAUUUUCUUAGUGUUUUUUUGUAAAAUACGAUGUUACUGCAGUCCCGACAACAUAUGAAAUAUAAAUCGACAACAUUAGAAUUAUAA